AUGGAUAACAAUAAAAAACACAAACAGUUCAUCACCAGAUGUCUGCAGGAGGAGACGCGGGUCUUCUACCUGUCAGAGCCCAUCAGGAUAAGCACCUUCUACUGGGCUGUUGCUUCGCUCUUUCUUCUCAAAGAGCACAAGGCAGUUGGGCACCUCGCUGAAAAGAUGGAAAAGUACGUGCUAAGAUGCCAAAACUCAGACGGGGGCUUUGGAGCACGCCCUGGAUACGCGUCCAACCCCCUGUUCACUCUGUCCGCUCUCCAGCUCCUCUACAUUCUCAAGAAAAACAAAGAGAUCAUUGGAGAUGAUAGCUCCGAAGAAACCGAAAAACUUUCGAAAAAAGAAAUAAAAGAAAAGAGGCCAGGAGAGUUCACCGUGCAGGAAAGAAAAGAGGAGCUGUUCAUGGACUUAGACCGAUCAAGCAGCACAGACAGUAACAUAGCCGAUGGAGCUAUCGGUGAAGAUAGCUCUGCUAGAAUACCUAACUACGUUCUAUGCAAUGCAUAUUUAGAAAGUAUAGUUACGAAUGAAAAGUUGGUAGGAUAUGACUCAGUGCUCGAUCUGCGGUAUGUGUGCUGUUACAUUGCUUCCAAGAAUCUUCUUUCUCUCCUUUCCCUAGGCGGCCCUGAGAUGUUCUGCAUUGUUACGCCAAUGAAGAGGCUUCUGUGCAACUUCAUCUCGCAGUGCGCCAACUUAGAUGGAGGGCUGGGGGCUAUGCCUGGCUGUGAGUCGCACAGUGCCUACACUUUCUGCGGCGUAUCUUCACUUUUUCUGCUGGGUGAGCUGAGUGUACUAUCUAUUUACGACACAGCUCUGUCAAUUGGCUUAUUGCAGAAUAAAACAGGAGGACUCUCUGGAAGGGUGGAUAAAAUAGAAGAGCUGUGCAGUACGUACUGGAACUUCUCUUCAGCGUCUUUGCUGGGGAAAGAAGGGUACAUAGACAGCGAAAAAGUUAGAAAGUACGUUGAAAGAUGCGAAUGCAGCACAGGAGGAUAUUCAGAUAGGCCAGACGGCAUACCAGACCUCCUGCACACUUUCUACGCGCUCGGGUGCAACUCUAUCCUGGACAAGAACAGCAUCAUGGAGGUUCUUCCCACGCUAUCUCUCUGUUUGUUUGAAUAA